AAGGUUACCACAAAGAUGACAGGUCUCUGCACAUCUGAUAUCCAACGGCUUCAAGGAUUCGGGAUAAGUGGGCCCAUGUUAUCUUGUUAUUUUCUUACAUGGAUGGUAGUCAUAACUCAUACGUACUUGGAAAUACCUCCAGACUCCAGUCUUUGUAAUUGUCGAUACAGAACGAGAAAAGAGCAGAGUAAAAUGGCUCUUGCAGGGGGAAGAGGAUUCCUUGUUCAGCCAUGCAUUUCUUCAUCCUUUGUUUGUAAGAACAUUAUUAAUAAGCCCUUAUUUGGCGUAAAGAACACAUUUUGGCCUGCUAGGUUAGGACCCACUUCACGUGUUACCCGAACCGUGGUUCGAGCUCAGCUGCGCCCUACAUGGCUACCUGGGCUUGACCCUCCACCCUACCUUGAUGGAAGUCUACCCGGAGAUUAUGGGUUUGACCCACUUGGGCUUGGAGAGGAUCCGCAAAGCUUGAAAUGGUAUGUGCAGGCAGAGCUGGUUCAUGCUCGCUUUGCCAUGCUCGGAGUUGCUGGAAUUCUUUUUACUGAUUUACUGCGUGUGACAGGAAUCAUCAAUCUACCACUUUGGUACGAUGCAGGUGCAGUAAAAUUCAAGUUUGCCAACACAGAAACUCUGUUCAUUGUCCAACUAAUCUUGAUGGGCUUUGCUGAAACUAAGAGGUACAUGGAUUUUGUUAGUCCCGGAUCUCAAGCUGAGGGACCUUUUCUUGGGAUGGAAGUAGCACUAGAAGGCUUAGAACCUGGUUACCCUGGUGGUCCUUUGCUAAAUCCUCUUGGCUUGGCUAAAGACAUAAAAAACGCCCAAGACUUGAAACUGAAAGAGAUUAAAAAUGGACGUCUUGCAAUGGUAGCCAUGCUCGGAUUCUUCGUGCAAGCUUAUGUGACUCAUGUAGGACCAAUUGAUAACCUUGUGGAACACCUCUCAAAUCCUUGGCACACAACUAUAAUUCAGAACCUUUCUCACCCUGCCUCUUAAAAAUGUAAAUCCGAAUCCAACUUGGUCUCCCAACAUUGCAAAUGUGCUCUGACAAUGUAUUUUUGUGGGAAAUAGUUGGGCUGGUGAACCGUCUUAACAGUUUUCUUUAAUUGUGCAUGAAAAAAUAAUUAAAUUUGUCCUA